AUGGCACUGAAUUUUUCAGAAUUUCUAGAACUUUGUUAUCAGGAAAUGGAUCCCCAACUAUGUUCUGAAGCUGCAGCAAUAACGAUUGAACAGUCUAAUUCCGGUUUAUGGUUUGAUCUGCGAUAUGCAAGAAUAACUGCAUCAAAGAUUUAUGAUGCAGCACACUGCAAAAAAUCAGAUGGUUCCCUGGUUAACCAAAUACUUGGUGUAACCAAACUUCCUGCUACAGAAGCCAUGUCUCGAGGAAAAAUGCUUGAGGAUGCUGUAAUUAAAGCUAUAGAAAAAAAAUUAAAGAUGAAACUCAGUCAUAUUGGGUUACAAUUAAAUCACAGGCAUCCAAUAUUUGGGGCUUCUCCAGAUGCUAUAUCUGAAGAAUUUGUAGUUGAAAUAAAAUGUCCUCAAUCUGAGAAAACUAUUUGUAACUAUUUAACAAAAAAUAUGGAAAUUACAGCAAAAUACAAAGCUCCAGUGCAGCUACAGAUGUUUCUAUGUAAGAAACAAAAAGCAUUAUUUUGUGUUGCAGAUCCUAAUUUUGAGGAAAAUUUAAAAUUUUUUGAUAUAUGGGUACCAUAUGAUGAAGAAUACAUGAAGAUGUUAAUGGAUGCUGCAGAAAACUUCUGGCAACAUAAUAUAUUUACACAUUUAUGUAACUCAUUCAAAAAAUGA